CCCGCACUUCCCGAGGACGCAGCUGUUCACCUUCAUUGAGGUUGCGCAUGGGAUGCUCUCUUACCUGUGAUUUGCCCCUUGAGAGAUGGUUUUACUAGGUUCACUCCGUACUUGCCCCCGGGCCUCCUCUCCUUGCACUUUGAGUGAGCCGGAGUACGAUUUUGUUGCUGGUCGAGCGACGAGCAAAGAAUUCUUUCUUUGCCGGGAUAAUAUUUUUGGAGGUUUAUUUCGUUUUUGUGACAAAUCAACCUACCACAAUUAGUCGCGCUUCUAUCUCCCUCGUUCUCUUCGUUCUCAGACAGCAGCGCGGCCGCUUGGCUAUGCCUUCGAAAGCGGAGCAGAAGGCGCGCAGCGCCGCCAAGUCUCCCCCGACGGCCACCAAGUCACGGCAGAGAAACCGGUCGCUACGCAUGGAAAAUGUGAAAACUGGGUCUGGAUGUGGAUGAAGAAGCUCGGACUUCUUGUCAUGCUCGGCCAGCAUGACGAUGAGAUGACUCAAGUCUCUCAUGCACGUGACCCACACACCCCCAGUUUAUUUCUGUCAUGCAGUGACGCAGUUUUUGUUUUCCUUUUCGAAGAAGAAGAAGAAGAGGCAACACCUGGUAAGAGGAACUUAAAAACUUGUCAUGCCUGGCCAGCAGUUCUUGAGACGUUUAGAUUAUCCAAGCCGCAUUCACAAGUUCUUUCCAGACCCAGACAUUUUUGCAGUUGAGAGAGACCCACGAAGAACAAUCCGGCGGCCGGUGGCGAGAGCGCCGCGGACACCCAGCCCCCGUCUACCGCGGCCAGCACGCCACGCACGGGGGAUGAGAACAACCACCAUCCGAGCAAUUCGAAAGCAGCUGCCUCAAGUUCUUCCGCGAAAUCUGUCGCGAAAUCGCUUUUCGUGUCCACCUGCUUCUCCACGCUGAUCCUCCUGGUCGGCACUGUCGCCUUGGUACAAACAGAGAUUCUUGAAGUCAAGAUUCUGGGCGACAGCGCGUUAUUUCUGGGUGGAAUUUUACCACGGACCCUCUUUAACAAGACCCUUGCAAACAAGGAAGCGCAGCCAAGCCCCGUCGUGUGUCCCGACGCCAAGCGGAUCGAAGCAGAGGCCGUGCAAAGCACAGUUGCGAAGAUGGAAAUGACAGCGAAACAACAGGUCGACACCGCGGUGGCAGAGGAAAAAAAGCUCGGGGAGAAAAACUGUGCAGCAAAAGUGACCGACUUCCGGCAGACUAGUGCAGCGGAGAAAGACGUGCUGCAAGCAGAAAUCGACGGGCUGCAAAACGAGAUGCAGAAGCUGAGGACAGCGCUGCCCGCACCCCUGCCGCCCGGACAGGUAUUAUCGGUGGAGAAAUAUUUAUGCUUCAAUGUGAAGAUCAUGAGACGUCAUCCAUAAGGUACUCAAAAGCUGUAUUUAUUGUACAGGAAGUUGAAGUAGAUCCCGUAUAUUUGCCGAUGUGCCGCUACAAUUGUGAACAAGAUGCACAGGAAUUACGGAAAAAGCGAGUGUACCAGACGCAGGAGAAUUUCCAAGCGGUAUUGAACUGCACUGCCUUGUUGAUCUUUGUUGAAUCUGCGAAAUUAUUAUAAUAUAGACACAACUCUUCCCAGGCCGCCCUCGUUUCCAUCCGCAAAGUGCAGCAGCUGGAGCUGCUGAGCCCGAACGGUUUCCAAAAUGAGGAGGAGCUAAAAAUCCGGCUUUUUACGUGGCAGUGGAUUCUGGCUAAGAUCACCGAGGCCGUCAGCUUGAGCGAAGAUCCGAAUGUGCAGGGUAUCAACUGUAAAAAUGUCUGGGUCUGGAAGAAUGCAACUUGUCAUGCUGUUUUUGGACUCUAAAAAAAUUUGUAUUGCAUGACCAGCAAGAGGGGUCCGGUUUGUGCUACACGGACAGGGCAUUUCUCAUGCGGAAGGUGCAUCAGGAAGCCCUCUAAAAGUCUGUGAUGCUAGGUCAUGCAUUACAGGCAUCAUGGAUCAUGAGAAAUAUGCAUGACAAACCCGGCAAUCUUCCAGACCCAGACAUUUUUGCACUUGAUACAGGGCCAGGCGUUGCAAUUCGUGCAGCCUAUCUCUCGCAAAAGAAUCAAGUACUGAGUCGUCGCGCAAGGAACACAGGAGAACUUGUUAUUGCAUGCCCGCAGCAGCACCAUGUUGAGAUACCACGGAGCACAUCGACACUCCUCGCAGGCAGCGGCAUUUUCAAAUUUUUCAGCGUUGAUUUUCGUUCGGUGUAUAUUUUUCGCAACAUUUGCGCAGAUGAUGAUGUAUUUUUGCGCUCAUAAUCCAAGUGCAGCAACAAUUGGGUCAGAUAGGCUCCGUCGAGCAAUACACCAUUUUCCUGCAGAACGCCUAUCAGGUAGGGUUCAAUUUUUUGUCGAGAUAAAUUGCGACAGAUGUUAUGUUGAUCUCUGACUUCAUUUUGACCCCUAUGUAUGAAUUGGAACAAAAAACGCAGAAAAAUUGUUCACUCAAAUAGGUCGCUGGUGCGCUCGAGGGAUUGCUGGCCAGCACGGGGGAAUUUGCGUUGAACAAGAUGUACUUACCAGCGCCGAUGCGAGGGGAGUGGUGUGGUGACGAAAGCUGCAGCUGAAUUUUGCGUCCUUCUGACUAUUGAAUCAAGCGGCCACACAGCGCCUGACAUUUCAUUGACUUUUUCAGGGUUCUACUUGCAGUAGACCGUUCUUUAUGGUUCUCUGUACACAAUCUAUCUACCACGAAAAAAGUAAAAAUACAGCGCACGAGCUUCAUACGAACGACAGAAAAAGUAAAAAUUCAUGCUUCUGUUCGGUGAGGGUAGAAAAACUUCCGGGCAAAACAUUACGUGGCUCGUCGAACGAAAGGCAUGAUCUCUCGCUGUGGUCACAAAUUAAUACUCGCCCGAAAGUUCAUCUCACUCCACUUCGCUGCUAGAACCUAGGAAACAAGUGUCGUGCAGGUACUCCUCUUGUGAUUGUGUAGUCGUGGCAUUUUCCUUGGUGAGGGUACCAAAUAGUACUGGCUCAGUAUCAUACCCUCGCGCUAGACCGCGUCUUCCGUUCAAUGGUAGAGCGAUGAAGCGUAGUUAAAGAGCUCUAG